UAGGAGACCGGCCUGAGUUUCCCCUGUAAUUCAUGCACACCACACGGUUGCAGAAACAAGCGGGUCCAAUCUACAACGGCUCGUGCACCCACUGGACACGUAUAUACCCACGUACCAAAGCAGGUCCCUUUUCUUUCCCGUUCCCUCGGCCGUCGUGCACGACCCACCCUCAGUGUAUCCACAACCUGGUGACAUGCCAAACUCAACGCCGCCGGAGCAUGCCGCCGCCGCCGAGGAUGCCACCGGUGGUGGCACGAGCUACGACGAGGCCGCAGGCAUGCUGUGCCACUACAGCACCAACGCCAAGAGGGCGCCGCCGCGGCUGGAACUCAAGGUCGACGCGCCCUUGCUACGACUGAUCAAAUUCAUGCGAUCCGCCGCGGCUGGAACUCAAGUUGCCGUCUGUCGGGCUGAGGAUGAGGAGCUGGGAGAGCCGGCGAAGAAGAGGAUGGGCCGCAGAAGGCUGGGGAAGGUGGCCGUGCGGUUGCUCCAGCUCGGCCCUCACAACAUCGUUCGAACAGAUGAGGUCGAAAUCUUCGCCAAGUUCCUGUACAAGAAGCCCAAGAAGAUCGUGUGCCAGAUACGGGCCAUACGGCACGUGCGCGACGUGUUCAUCAAGAUCAACAUCCUCUGCUCCAACAUAAAGACCAUGGAAGCGUGUUUCAACGACGCGAGAUUCGAUACCCUGAGAAUCCAGGCAAGUAUAUAUUUGUUGCUGUCCCUCCCCAUUAUACAUCUUUCUUUGAGAGGUUACCAUGUUAAAUCUUCGUCGGAGCAAUACCGUGCUGAUCCACCUCCACCAGGAAUGCAUCUUCCAUGGCGGCGGAUCGCAGAUGUUACAGAAAAGACUUUCUUCCUCCAGUUUGAGAAGGGAACUCUGGAGAGGAGCUACGGCAAAAUGCUGUACACACAUCCUUCCCUGAUUCUGCUACCAUUGCCUCGUGCCAGUAACGAAGGGGAUGAACAAGAAGCCCAAGCAACAACCGCCCAACAAACUCACAUGAUCAGAGCCGCCGUUCCCGUUCCCCCAUCUGUUGAAGCGGUGAUGACAAGCACGAGGAUGAUAGGCUCAACAUACACAGGAGCCAAUUUUGCGGCGCAUGAGCACCAGGGGUACUUACGAUUCGACUGAACAACAACAUAUGCAUUCUUUCUAUAAAUUGAUGCAGAGUGCAUAUAGCCAUUACCCAUUCACAUUCAUUAUUUGCAUUCGUUGUAUAGAUAGUAUAACACACACUUGUACAUAUGCCGAACUAUGGUUUUUGUCACAUACAAUCUUCUGUGCAAUGUUGUGAUUAACAUUUAUGUUGUUCCAUUGUAUAAUACAAUGCACAAAAGCGAAAGCUCCGACUCCGGAAUUUGUA